CCAAACACACCAAAGACACAUAAACAAUGAGGGUAAUCGACCCCCAAUCGGCAGUCCUCACCAACAUCGAGGUCCUAGCCUACCUAACAGCAAACCCACCACGCCGACCCCCAAACCCACCCCCAAACCUCCGACACUGGGUCCCAAGUCCAGACCUACGAGACCACAAUACCGUCGUUAAAGAGGUAUAUAUUCCCGCUACCUCCUCCAACCAAAUCCAACUUUACUCGAGCACACACGCACAUCUACAAAAGAGCCAAGAAAUUAAUCUUACAAACACACACAAAACACCAGUCCAGCAAUCCAGUGUUCCCGAAAGAGAGCUAGAAUAGGAAGGGAGAGAGAGAGAAAGGAAAAGCUAACAUAGUCCUACUACCCAGAUCCACAACUAUGUCUCCCGCCUCUCACCCCAUAUCUACAAAUACCCAAAGUACACCCACCAAAGUCCCGAACAACUCCAACAACUAGCUCAAUCACAAUCUCAAACCGAUACCCCGGCCCUCCCGCUCAUCCAAUCCAAUGCGCCGACACCUAUGGACAUUGCGCUCCGCGAUCUGAUUACCCAGUUACAGCCCUAUGGGUUAACGAAGGGCGAGGUAUUGAUGAUUGUUAAUCUGGGUGUGGGGAUGCAGGAUGCGCCCGCAGCUGCGGGUGAAGAUGAGCA